AUGCGCUUUCACCCAUCGGCGUGUGGCGAGCGCAGUGAGAGGCGACCGGAAAGCACUGCGGAAAAGGAUCUGGAGAAGCCCCUGGAAAGGCAUGCAUGCGUGCGACAGGGAGGGGACGGCCCUGGACUCUUCUCCGCAGGAGCGCCCGCCUUUUUUCCAUCUUCUCUUCACCGUUUCGGAGCGUCUCCGCGGCCAUCUCCCUCCUAUCCGUCGCCUCCGUCUUCCGUUCUUCUGGUCGGCCUCGACUUGGAAGGCCGCGAGCUGGGCAGAUUCGGGCCUGUCUCACUUCUUCAGCUGAGUUUUUCGCUGUUCCCCACCUCCUCCUUCCGGGGCCUCGCCUCGCCUCGCAGCGUUGGAGAACUCCAAGAUGUUACACCCUCAUUCAGGGCGGAGACCCCUGCGAAGUCCCCUCCUCCUCUCACGACAGAACGCGCCGAGAGUUCGUCACCUUCCCACGCGGCACUCUCGCGUCCCUCGUCUGCAAAGCCUCCCGCCCGUCCGCCUGUCACUGGCGGCAAACGACCGCCGAGCCACGAGAGAGAAUGGGUCGCGGACGCUGAGCAGGUAGGAAGCGCUCCAUUCGAAGAUGCGCCUGCUAAACCAAGAGAAGUCGCGGAGGAGGAGGUGGGUGCAGCGGACGCGGAGGAGAUUGCGGCAGAUGAGGCCAGGCUAGCGCUUGCGGAGAAGUACGUGGAGGAGAGCGGCGUGGUUUGCGUUAUCGACCUCGGCGAGGGGAACGAGGAGAGGAAGGAGAUUGUUGACCUGUUGAAGCCCGUGCUGGAAGACAAUCUAGUCCCCAAAAUCAUGCAUGACUGCCGAGAGGACAGCGCAGCGCUGAAGGCCCAAUUCGGCGUUUCGCUGCGCGGCGUUCUCGAUACACAGGCCGCCUUCCAAGUUCUCCGCGAGGCACAGCGUCUUCCGGCGUAUGCGACAGGCCUCACUGAGCUCCUACAGCAAGAACUGGCUUUAAUCAGACCCGUGGGCAAGGCUGCAGUCGCGCGGCGGAUGCGUACAGAGGCGCAUCUGUGGACGGCGCGUCCCGUUCCCCGAGAUCUGCUUGAGUACGCGAUUCAAGAUGUCCUGCACCUCGCGCCUCUCAUCAUGCGACUGAAAGAGCGGCUCCAGGAUGCGGAGACAUCUUCGCCGCCCUCACCGGGCGGGGCUCUUCCUGACUCUCCGCCGUCUUCAACUUCGUCUCUCGCGACGGCGGCAUCGCCUCUGCUGGAGGAGACAAAGUACCGGAGCGAGUUAUUCGCUUCCUCAGGUUCUCUCAACUUGAACUGGCGCGAUUUGAACGCUGUUUUCGCUGCUGGAAGGGGCGCCAGAGUUCAAGCGAUGCUGACCGCGGUUCAUCCGGGUUGCAUGUAUUUUCGAUUAAACCUAAGCAGGCAGUCGUCAGGAAUCAUCACCUUGCCUUCAAUGAUUCACAGCCUCAGAAACGUGCGCGUGGGAGAGACCAUCGACGCCGUCGUCAGGGGGUGGAGCGACACGGGGCGAACACUGUACCUCGACGUGGCAGAAGACUCUCCACAAGCAAAAACGCAGAGAAUCCUGCCGAGUGACUAG